CCAUAAAAGCGCCUCCCGGGUCGGGUUUAGCGAUAAGGGUUUUACUAACAUUUGGCCCAAAAAAUUUUGCGGCCGAAAAAUUCCACCCAAUAUCCAUCCUUGCUUCAGUUCUGUCGACGCGGAUCAGCCCUCGUCCUCUCGCCGGAAAUCGGUGCCCAAGGCUCCAAGCGAUGGAGAUCAUCAACGGGGCGGUCCUCCCGCGCUACGCCGCCGCCGCGGCGGGCGCCCUGACCUCCGACGCGAGGGUCAGCGGCCAUCUCCAGCUGCUCCGGGGCGUGCGCCUGAGGGGAAGGGCCUGCGGGCUGCAGGCGGACCGCGACAGCUUGCCGCGCAGGUUCUUCGCCCCCCCGCCCCCGCGGCGGCACGGGAGGAGCGACUGGGGCGGCUGGCGAGCUCGCUGCAGCUACGGCUCGUCCUCCGACGGCGACGGCGCCGCGGCCGCCAACUUCGACGCCAGCGGGGAGGAGUUCGUCGACUCCAGCGUCAUCGAGGCUGUUGAGCUCAGGAGCGUAUCAGAUGGCUUUGAGAUAAAAAUGCGUGACGGCAAAAACUUGAGAUGUGUUCAGAACAAUCCUCGCGUGCUAAGACUGCGGGACUCUGCGCCGCACCAUGCUAUUGUGCUCAAGAUGGAAGAUGGAAGCGACCUUCUGCUCCCCAUUAUCGUCAUGGAAACACCAAGCAUUAUGUUGCUGGCUGCACUUCGGAACAUUCAAAUUGUAAGAGCUGGAACAACUUGCAUAAAUAUUCCUGUAGAUGUCGAUAAGCAUCCACAUGCUUCCGGUAUGAAAUGGUUUUUCUGUAUCUCAACUGCACCGACAUUAUGUUUUUUCCAGCCAAGGCCAACUAUUUACAAUGUGGUGAUGGAGAUGACAAAAAGAAUGGGGUUUGAGGUACGCUUGGUGCGGAUUACGGAGAUGGUCCAUGAUGCGUAUUAUUCUCGACUAUAUCUUGCUAAGGUUGGGGAUGAAGAAGACACCAUUAGCUUUGACCUCAAGCCAUCAGAUGCUAUCAACAUUGCUUUCCGGUGCAAGGUCCCUAUCCAAGUUAAUAGGCGCAUUGCAUACAACAAUGGAUUGAAAGUUGUCCAACCAAAGGCAGAGGAGAGUUUUGUGGGCUCGGACGACAUCCAAAUCACAAGGCUUGACAGGCCCGAUGACCAGCCUUGCGGCGAGGCCCAAGAGUUUGAUUUGGUCCGCAACAUGCUCAUCGCUGCCGUAGAAGAACGCUACAAAGAUGCUGCUCAGUACAGAGACCAGCUUUUCAUGUUGCGGUCAAAGAAAAAGAACGCAAUCUAGCAGGGGCGUGAGCGUCGGACUCAUGGGGCUCUCCGCAUUAGUGCAGCAUUUCAGAUCGUCAGGCCUUCGUGGGGGCCGUACAUAUUAGGAGGCUUUGGCAAAGAUUAAGAAGCACCAUGUAAAUAGUUGCAGAAACUUAUGUAUAUAUGUAGUAUAGAUAUGCGCGGAGCAUAAUUCCGGAUACUUUAGCUCAGUUUGCAGUGGCUGUACUCAAACUCAAAGUGGCAGUGGUUGGCUGGUUGCAGUGUCGCACAA